AUGGCCGGUCCGCUGCGCGCGGUCGCGCGGCGUGUCGCCGGGAACCUCCUAUCGCGCCCGGUAGAUGUAUGGUCGCGCGCCAACCUGGGCACCGCCGCCGCGGCAUCGCACCUCGACGACGACCGAAAGGGCCUCUUUGCGCUGCCGGGCCUUCACGAGCCGUCCGAUUUCGCCCGCCUCGCGCGCCGCGCCGUGGCCAGAUCCGAUGAUCUGAUGCGGGGGUUGGUUUCCUCCGGACCAAGCGGGUUCCCACACCGGUCCGCGACAGCGGUUAUCGACGACCUGGACGAGAUCUCGGACACCCUGUGCGCGGUGGUCGACGUGGCGGAGCUAUGCAGAAACGUGCACCCCGAUCUGCGAUGGGUUAGGGCGGCGGAGAACGCGUACGUUGAGCUCCAGGGGUACGUGCAGGGCCUGAACAGCAACCGCGGGCUUUAUCUCGCGCUCGUGAACGCGCAGGAGAGGCACGGCGCGGAGCUCUCGCCGGAGGCUGCGAGGGUGGCCCUGACUUUGCGCCAAGAUUUUGAACGCGGCGGCAUACACCUGGGGGGUGAUGAACACGCCAGGCUGGAGAAGACCGCCGGGGACGUGGUCAAGCUCGGGAUGGCGUUCCAGCAGAACCUCUCCGAUCCAAAGGCGUUGGGUCACAUGGACGUGUCGGACACGGGCUUCGCGCGCGUUCCCCUGGAUCAGCGCACGGUCAGUGCGGUGCUCCGUUACGCCGACGAGCCGGACACGCGACGGUCCGUCUACCUCGCCGCGCACUCGGGCCCCGAGGCGAACCGCGCGGUGCUGAACGGCUUACUUCGAGCGAGGCACGAGUCGGCGAAGAUUUUGGGUUUCGAGUCGCACGCACACUUUGCGACGUCGCCGCUGCUCGCGGAGCACCCGGACGCCCCGCGGGCGCUGUUGGAGCGGAUGGCGAGUGAAUGCAGGGACAGGGCGGGGGAGGAGAUCGAGGCGAUGUUGAGGCUCGCCGGGAGAGACGGGAUGGACGGGACGGUGAGGGGAUGGGACAGGAGUUAUCUCAUAGGCAAGGCGAGGGCGAAGGCUUGCGAGCUCGACGCGGCCGCGGUGGCGUCGUACUUCCCGCUCGAGCGAGUGAUCAGCGGGGUUGGCGCGCUGGUCGACCGGGUGUUCGGGGUGAAGCUGACGGAGGUAGCCAUGGAACCCGGGGAGAACUGGCACGCAAAGGUGCGCAAGCUGCGGGUCACCUUGGGCGACAGGGGCGCCGGCGAGGGCCAGGAGAUUGGCACCAUCUACCUCGACCUGGAGCCGCGACCCAGGAAGUUUCCGCAUGCCGCGCAUUUUGUCAUUCGGUGCAGCCGCGGCGUCGGUCCGGAUAAGCAGAGGCCCGCGGUUGCGUUGGUUUGCAACUUUGGUGCGGGCUCGGCGGCGACGCUGAGCCACUCGGAGGUUGAGACGUUCCUGCACGAGUUCGGGCACGCGAUGCACUCGGUGCUGUCGGACACCCAGUACCAGCACUUGAGCGGCACGAGGUGCGCCAUGGACAUGGUGGAGGUUCCUUCGCACCUCUUUGAGUACUUUGCGUGGGACCCGGCCGUCCUCGGGUUGUUGGCCAGGCACAGGGUGACGGGGGACCCGAUGCCGAGGGAGAUGAUCGCCAGGCUUCGCGCCUCGAAGGAGCUCUUCGGCGCGACUGACCUGCAGCAGCAGUGCGUGUUCGCGCUGACUGACCUGGAGGUGCACGCGCUGGACCCCGCGACGCUGACGGAGGGUUCGGUCUCUGACGUCGCCGCGAGGGUCCAGGCUGCGCACUCGCUCAUGCCCGUGGAGCCGGGCACGAGCUGGGAGCUCAGGUUCGGGCACCUGGUGGGAUACGCGUCGACGUACUACUCCUACCCGUACGCGAAGUGUGUCGCCGCGGACCUGUGGGGCAAGUUCUUCAGGGAAGACCCUCUGGCUCCGGGCGCGGGGGAGGCGCUGCGCGAGGGGAUGCUGAGGCACGGCGGCGCGAGAGAACCGGGGGCUAUCCUCCGGGACAUGCUGGGGGACGGGGCGCUGAUGACGGACCCCGUCGGCGCGGCACCGGAUCCAACGUCCAUGCUGGCUGAUUUGAACCGUGGUCGGUGA